GAUGCGCGAACGCUAACGGCUAGAAUUAUGCCGAUACGACGCGACGUGAAAAUGUCGAAUAUUGUAAAAUGUAACGUGUGUAAUAUUGUGAUUGACGAAUUAUUAGCGUUCAUACAAAAUAAACUUUCGUUAAUUGAUGAUGACACCUUAAUUCGUCUAUGUGUCAGUGCGUUUUCAAGUGAGGAAAUCAAAAAAUCCAAAUGUUUGUUAUUCGAGUCUGUUACGACGGAUCAGCGAAAAAUCUUGCGUAAAGAUAGGGGUAAGGAAGUACGAGACCUUGAAGACAUAGUAUCUUUACUUAAAUCAAUCGAUCCCGAAACGGUGCCAGUGUUUGUCGCACGAAACCUAGAAAAGUUGCCACCGUUAAAUCUAGAUCACCUGGACUGCACGAAACUCUUGAAGGACCUGGAUAAACUCCAAAGAGAUGUGGAGUUAGUUAAAACUACUUAUGUGACAAAUUUACGGUUUGAGGAGUUAAGAAUCGAUGUUCACAACAUGAAGUAUGCGUCAGUACCUCAAACACCUUUCGGAAAUGUAAAUGUAAGGCGAGGGGCAUGGAUGCAUGAUAGUGGACCAGUCGGAUUAUCUACGUUUAGCCAAGAGUCGGUGGAGGAUAAAAAUGUAUAUUCUGACUCGGAGACAUCGUUAAACAUACCGACACAAAAUUUAUCGAAAGAACCGUUACAAGCGUUGUCUUUUAAAUCGAAUUGUAGCGAUGACAAACCGACAUCUGAUGUAUCAAAAACCGUAGAUCAAACAUUAUCUAACUCACAAUUACAUAUCGAUUCUCAAAAACAUCCAAAAACGCCAACUCAAUCCCCGUUAAAUAAUAGAAGCAAAGCGAGCGAUAAGAGAAAUACGGGUGUCGCGAAGGUAGUUACAGCGGAGGCGGUGACGUCAGCGCCAGUGCCGGCAGGUUGCGGAACCGGUCCUAGUAUUGAUAAUGUUGAUACGAGUAUGCAAGUAUUGCAAGCGGGCGAUAAGCAGUUGUUUUCGCAUACACCUCGACGCGUAUCAAUUAGCUCGGUGUGCGAAAAUGCUAACAUAGUACCUGACCGGCAAUCUUUUUCGGAUAUUUUAAAGAAAGAAGGUGAAUGGCAAGUAGUCGGGCGCUCGACAUUGAAACCAAAUUCACGUUAUAGAUUUUUAGGUAAAAAAGGUUGUGCUAUCGCUAGUGGCGGGAAGUUCAAGGCCGCUGACCCGAAGUUACCAAUGUUUAUAACAAAAGUACACCCCGAUACAACUGAGCAAAACAUAGUAGACUAUAUUUACGAUAAGACCACAGAGCGAAUUACUUUAGAAAAGCUCUCAAUUAGAAAAGAAAAGGAUCACAACGCAUAUAAGUUUUGGGUACCUAAAAGUAAGUUAGACUUGUUUUUGAAUGAGUCGUUAUGGCCUCAAGGUGUAAUUUUUAGAAGAUUUGUGAAUUUUAAAUUCAGAAAAAUGGAAGGGACUGGCAAUACGGCCCUUGGCGGCGCGAAUGAACAAUUAAAUGGGAGAUAACAACUCUUUAUAUAAAUUAGUUACCUUUAAUUGUAAGGGUGUAAAACGGUCGAUCGAUAGUGUACGACAAUUAUGUCAAACAUCGGACAUAAUUGCACUACAGGAGUUAUGGCUUAUGCCGGAUAGUAUCUCAUUUCUUGGCAGCAUCGAUGAUAAUUUCGGCUAUACUGGAACAUCGGCAAUCGAUACUACGACCGGUAUGCUGCAGGGCCGACCAUACGGAGGAGUCGCGCUACUUUGGAAUAAAGCGGUGUUUCGUGACGUAUCCAUAGUGCAAUGUGGUAAUCCGCGAGUGUGUGGUAUCAGUGUAUCGCUCGGGCAAAGAUCAUUCCUGGUGCUAAAUGUUUAUAUGCCAACAGACAAACUGGACAACUUGACUGAA